UUAUAAUGUUAACAUUUGAUUGGUCAAUUAGCAUAGUCUACAAACUUCCUCUCUGGAACACUCGGAGCAAACUCUGGAAUCAUUAAAGAAGAAAAAAAAAAAGAAAAAAAGAAAAGAAAAAGGUCUCGAAUUUUCUGUAAUUUUCUACCAGAACAAAUAAAAAAAUCCAGAAAAUGCACCAUUUCUGCAAUAUAAAUACCUCUUCGUGCAACCCAAUCAAUCACAGAAUCACUCCAAAACAAUUUCAUAGCAAUUGCCUCGCAUCAAAUUCAUUCCCAUCAAUCAGCAAUCACUCACAAAAUCUAGCUAGAUUGCAAAACAAUGUCGCUGAUUCCCAGCUUUUUCGGGCGCCGGAGCUCCGAUCCAUUCUCCCUGGAUCUGUGGGACCCUUUCCGCGACUCCGGCGACGAGACGUCGCAGUUCGCGGCGACGCGCGUGGACUGGAAGGAGACGGCGGAGGCGCACGUGUUCAAGGCGGAUGUGCCCGGCCUGAAGAAGGAGGAGGUGAAGGUGGAGGUGGAGGAAGGGAACGUGCUGCAGAUAAGCGGCGAGCGCAGCCGCGACAAGGAGGAGAAGAACGACACGUGGCACCGCGUCGAGCGGAGCUCCGGCAAGUUCCUCCGCCGCUUCCGCCUGCCGGAGAACGCCAAGGUCGAUCAGGUGAAGGCGAGUAUGGAGAACGGGGUGCUCACCGUCACGGUGCCCAAGGCGGAGGUGAAGAAGCCGGAGGUGAAGGCAAUUGAGAUUUCCGGCUGAGGGACGGCGGCGGCGGCGAAGCCUUUAUGUUUAUGAGUGUGAUUUAAAUAAUGUGUGUUUGUGUGUAAUAUACGAAUAAUAAAAUUUAAAUAGUGUGUUUAAUUGUUUUUAAUAUUUUAUAUUUCACGCGAACGGAAUUAUUUUGUUGUUAUUUUGGUUGCUUGAAUAUGCUUUGUAUCUGAAAUAAUAUCUGAUUGUAUA